GUGGGCAGUUGGCAGGGAGUCGUCGGCUGGCUGAGCUGCACUCGUUUGGAAAUUGAAUUUCUUCUUAUUCUACGAUUUUGACGGCCAAAUUCCAAUCGGUUUAAAACAGUAACAUUUCAGCUCUUCUCUGAGGAUGGUAAUUCAUACCAUACGCUGCAGUGUCCCACAAUGCUUUCUACUUGCUGGUCAGAAGACAUUCAACACAACUACAGCCAUACGUGAAGAUGUUUGCUAUCCUACUGCCUCCUACGGCACAAGCACUGAACAUCUUAACUCAGGAGGUCGAUGGCAACGUUUUCAACGUUACAUUACCAGCUGGCGUCCCCUACGCAUUGGUGCAUUUGGAUUAGUGUUAGUUGUAGCUGCAUUUCAAUGGCGCCAAAGAUCUCAGCAAGAAAAUCCAGUCGCCAAAAAGUGGGAGGUGACUUGCUACCGCAUGAUCCCUCUUCGUGCCUCAUCUCGGGCAUGGGGAUGGCUUACUAACUUGGAACUACCACGGUCAAUACGGCCUUGGGUUUAUGGAAUGUAUGCUGACAUGUUUGGUUGCAAAAUCCAUGAAGCUGAAGUUGAGGACCUCACCUGCUACCCUUCCCUUUCUGAUUUCUUCUGCCGCCAGUUAAAGGAUAAUGUCAGACCCAUUGAUCCUUUUCAUAGUAUUGUAUCACCUGCUGAUGGGCGCAUUCUGAACUUUGGACGAGUUGACGGUUGCCACGUUGAUCAAGUCAAGGGUAUAAAAUACUCUAUUCCUGCAUUUCUUGGUGAACCCACAUGGCUGAAAAGAAAUGGUUUCAAUCAUGAGUCAGGCGAAGAAGUCAAAACAUCUUAUGACCCGGCCAAUGUUGAUUGGGAUGAGUACAAGAAACAGUUACUUCAGAACAAAGAUACUGACUUGUACCAAUGUGUAGUCUAUUUAGCUCCCGGAGAUUAUCAUCGAUUUCAUUCGCCUACUCAAUGGAAUGUCAACUUUCGGCGCCACUUUCAAGGGGACUUACUAAGUGUCAACCCUAGAAUUGCAAGGUGGAUUCCUGACUUGUUCUCGCUGAAUGAACGUGCUGUGUUUGUUGGGAAAUGGAAGCAUGGAUUCUUUUGCUUUGGUGCUGUUGGAGCUACAAAUGUGGGAAAUAUUAGGGUUAUUUGUGAUGAGACUCUGCACACCAACCUACCAAAAUGGCCAAGAGGACAACCUGUACAGCGAGACAAAUUUCUUGGUCCUCCAGGGAAAGGGAUUCCAUUUGCAAAGGGUGAGCAGUUCGGCGAAUUUCGUCUCGGCUCCACUGUAGUUUUGUUGUUUGAAGCUCCUAAAGAUUUCAGAUUUGAUUUAGAAAGGGGUCAACAAAUCCAAAUGGGCUGUGCUCUCAGUAAACAACCCAAAUAAUUUUGAUUGGUGUGUUAUGCUAGUCUUCGUCUUUGGUUUGCUUUCAAUCAAGUUGAUAGAUAGUCUGACAUUGAUUGAGGUCAAAUCAAACACAUAGAUAUAUUGUGGUACAUUUAAUUAUACCUCUUCAAAGAAAAAAAGGGGGGGAUCUUACAAUGAAGAAAUGGUGUAAUAUGUAUUGUGGCUAUAAUCAUUGAAUGUAAUUUUUUAUUUAAUGCAAGUUUUGAAAUAUUUUGUUUUUCUUCAUAAUUUACUUUGGCUUAUAUGUACUAUAGCCCAGCUGUGGUUUAAUUAAAACUGUUCAUUAACUUUUCCCAUGGCUCAAUUAAGUAAAACUGGUUUCUUUUUUUAGUUGUUGUUUUUUUUAAUUGUAUUAUUAUCUCUUGUUUAAAGUGACAGUAUGAUGUGAUUGAUUGACAUUGAUGUAACAGUUAGUUUUUUAGCACACUGUGUUAUUGAAAUCUGGUUCAUUCAUGAACUAUUUUGAAAUUUUUUUCAUUUGAGAUAAUCCCAUCUCAACUUUUUAUCUAUUGUGUAGUAGUGAUGUGAAUGCUAAAUGAUGACAACUGCAGUUCUGUGAUGUGAUACAUUUUAUUAUGUUUUCAGUUGUAGAAAUGUAUUGUGAUAUCACUUUCUAUUAUAUGUGUCAUCAGUUGACGUCAUGUAGAUUUUAGCUUUCUUUCCAAGAAUUAAAAAACAAGAAGUUGUCCCUAAGUACUGUUUCAUGUUAUCAUUGAAUUUGUGCAAUCAUCUGUCUAUUUAUUUCUGAAUCAUUGUGGCAAAAACAUUCUCCUAGUGGCAGAAUUUAACAUACCUCUUGUUUUAAAGGAAGUGCCAUAGUUGGAUGAGAUUGGGUGCUGCUCCUCAGUCUUAAACACUCAAGAUCAAAUCUUAUAAUUUACUUGUCUCUUUGCUCAUGUGUGAACUUGCAUACUUUCUAAGGUACCUGAUUAUUUAAUAUUUUAUCACAUUUGUAACAGAAGAUAAGUCAGUUUUGCCGUGUUUUGUGUUAUGUCCAUGCCAAUGUUUUUGACUGACAACAGCAUAUUUUGUGUCACCCAACCCAUUUUGCUGUUUGACCAAAUUUAAAAAAAGAAAGACAAAAAUCUUUUAGGUGCACAUUUUAUCCUUUGCUUCUGCCGCUAUGCCAUGAGAUACAGGCUCUAAACAUAAUUUGAAUUCUCCUGUUUUGUUUCAAUGCUCGGUUUCUUACUUUCAAAUUUCUAAGAGGGAAAAAGUGCUCAUGAAUGUUGUUUAGCAAUGUACUUACAAAUUGAGACUGGUUAAGGCCUUUUCGAUGCAGAAUUGAUAAAAACUAAGAGAAAAACUUUUGUAAGUAGCUUGGUUUUUUUCCAAAUUAGGUAAAGUUAAAAUUCAUAGAUAUUUUGCUAUUGAUUGACGUUCUGUCAUUACCCGACUGAGAAUUCCAUGAUACCACCGUUGCUUCAGUAUUCCUUAAACUCAAGUUUUGAAGGGGAAAUUUUUCAAUAUUCAAAUUGCCUACUGUCUGUAAUAAGACUAAAAAAACUGUGGAAAAAUGACUUGUCUUUGAUCUCUGUUGACUUGUGUGCUGAUGUGUACUGUGCUAAUUGUGUUACCUUAUCUGUUCCACUAUGUCACAUAUUUGGGUAUCACUGCAGAUAAUUUUAGUUUCUAGAAUUUAAUUGCUGUACAUAGCAUCCAUAAGGUAGAAGUUGGCUGAUGUUGUAAGCAACUUUCUGUUAUCUCAUCAUGCAUUUUCAAUUCAAACAAGAUCAUCAGUGUACUAUUACAAGUCCAUUUUGUUGAUGCAAGGAGUUGGGUCCUCUUAGCAUUAAUUGUUAGUUUGGUAGCGACUGCUGCAGGCCUUUCCUUAUGUUUUUGUUCCCUGUUGCUGAGCUAAAUCCAUUGUUUUACAAAUUUCCAUCCAGUCUACAUCUGAAGACUGUCAUUUCCUUAUUUUGGAAUAAAAAUCAUUGCAAAACCUCUGUUUAAAGGUACAAUAAAAUUAAAGUUAAAUAAGUGCUGAUAAUAGAUAAAAUAUUUGAGUCUCAUACCUAUAGUUCUGUCUAACGGACCAAUUCAUGCACUGCAGUAGUAUUUAAGUACUUGAUUUAUUUUAAACUUUUUAUUGUGUUUGUUCGAUAUUGCCUUAAUGCCUUGUAUAGCUGUUCGGAGCUGGUGCUAUUAAAUUUUGCUGAAGAAUGGCUGCACUGUUGAAGUGCCAAGUGGUGUUCUAGGCCAUCUAGGCCUUUUGCCUCAUCAGGAUUGAGCAGCAAGUUUUUACAUUGCAAAGGAAACUCAGGGGCCACUUUAUAUUUUUGGUAUUGCGUAUCAAAGCAAAAACAAUUUUGCUGGCUUUUAUACGUAUUUGUAUCUGUUCUUAGACUUUAUAAAAUUUGAUUUAUUGUACAUACUGUAUUCUCCUUUCUCCCAUGAAUCAUGUGGAACUAUGUACUAUCAAAGUGACUGACACCAGUGUCAUGGGCUUGCUCCCAUCCUGAUAGCAUUUUAAUAUUUCAAUACAGUAUUUUUUUUUUGUCAAUGGAAAUGUAAUUUUCCCACUCAGCUGUGUUUAAAAUGUCCGAGGCUUGUUGUGUCAAUGUGUCAAUAAAAGAACUGAUUUAAA